AUGCCGCUGUUCAGCUCAGGGGCUCGAGCUCGUCUUGCCUGGCGACAGUCGAGUCAAGGCAAUAAUACCUGCACCACCAACGAAGGUGUGGGAGAAUGUACCCCAAAGAAAAACUGUCCGGGUGUGUCUACAUCAGGGAUAUGUGGUCCUGGAACCGAUGAUAUUGAGUGCUGUCUUGUCCGUGUAUGCAAUGUGUCCCAGGGCUAUGGCGUAUGCAGAAGCAUAAAGAAUAACGGAUGCGAUGGCGGCGAGUUCUUUCCUGGUACUGGCAGACCAUGGCCAUGUCCAGGCCCAAAUGACAUAAGUUGCUGUGUCAAAUAUGCUGACUUCAAUAACGGCACAAGCACCAACUCGUCAAUGUCCAUGACAUCUUCAACAUUUACAAGCACCCCAACCUCCGCACCGAAUACAUCAUCCGCCACCUCUUCAAGCGUACCGCCUGAAAAAGGCUUAAGUGGAGGCCAAAUAGGCGGAAUAGCCGCUGGAUGCGCCGUCUUUGCGUUGUUGAUCGUUCUCGGAGCUAUAUACUUCUUCAGACGUCGCAAAAGGUCAGAACCACAUGAGAAGAAAUCAGACACUUCCGAUAGCGGGAUUUCAGAAAUGCCAGACUCCGCGGGCACUGCUCCUCGUGGCCCCAAAGUGGUUGUCGUGAGUGAAUUGGACGGUGAGGAGAAGAAGGUUGAUAGAAGCGUUGCUGUGAACAGGGCUCGAGAACUAGAUUCAACUCCCAUUACAUCGCCUGUCGAACUCGAUUCAUCACCAGUCGAGUCCAAUGAGACCAAGAUUUAA